UUCAGCUGUCAUACUCUCUCGGCCUCUCCGCCCUGCCACAGAGGUUCGAUCGAGAAAUGGCAUUGUAGUUGCACCCACUUUCUCUACCGCUCUCCAUUUUUCAGUCUCCAUUCAUUCAGCUCAUUCAAUUUCUAUUCUUGAGCGAAGAACAACACAAGAGAAAUGAUUCAACAAUGCAAUUUUCCCACAACUCCAAUUUCUCCCCCUUUUUUCAGCAAUGAUAAAGCUGCCCCCUGCAAUUCAUCUUCUUCGUUGUGUUGUGUAAGACCCAGAGGCAUACGUAGAGGAGUGGGCAUUAGGUGCGAGUCUAGGGAUGAGGAGAAGAAGCCCAAAGCGAAUCCCUAUCCGGGCGGAAUGGGCCCGUAUACGGGGAGAGAUCCUAGCGUCAAGAAGCCGGGAUGGCUGAGGCAGAAGGCUCCACAGGGGGAGAAGUAUUUGGAGGUGAAGGAGACACUGUCGGGGCUGAAGCUUCAUACUGUGUGCGAGGAGGCGCAGUGCCCCAAUAUCGGCGAGUGCUGGAACGGAGGCGGAGAUGGGAUUGCCACCGCCACAAUUAUGGUCCUUGGAGACACCUGCACCCGCGGCUGCAGAUUCUGUGCUGUUAAGACUAGCCGCAACCCUGCUCCUCCUGAUCCCUUGGAGCCCUUACACACUGCACAAGCUGUUGCUAGCUGGGGUGUGGACUACAUUGUUUUAACCAGUGUUGAUCGGGAUGAUUUACCUGACGGUGGGAGUGGCCACUUUGCUGAAACUGUCCAGACCUUGAAGAUACUUAAGCCCAACAUUAUGGUUGAGUGCUUGACUUCUGAUUUCCGAGGGGACCUGGAUGCUGUAUCAACUCUAGUUCACUCUGGAUUAGAUGUUUUUGCCCACAACAUUGAGACUGUGAAACGACUUCAACGUAUUGUUAGAGAUCCUAGGGCUGGGUAUGAGCAGAGCUUAUCUGUCCUUAAACAUGCAAAGCACUUCAAGGAAGGAAUGGUAACCAAAACUUCUAUCAUGCUGGGACUAGGUGAAACUGAUGACGAGAUAAAGGAAACCAUGGCUGAUUUGCGGGCAAUAGAUGUUGACAUUAUGACGUUUGGACAGUAUUUACAGCCAACUCCAUUACACCUCACUGUCAAAGAGUUCGUUACUCCUGAGAAGUUUGCAUUUUGGAAAGAGUAUGGGGAGUCUAUCGGGUUCCAAUACGUUGCCAGUGGGCCUCUGGUUCGAUCUUCCUAUCGGGCUGGAGAACUGUAUGUUCAAAAUCUGGUUAAAAAACGAACCAAACAAAUAUCUACACUGGUAAGAUAGUUGGAACAUAAUUCUCAUACUUAAAAGGUCACAAGUUCAAUUAUUGUCAACAUCACACAAGAGCGAGGUUUACUUAAUACAAACUUUUGGACAGUGGUAUACAUAAAGUUGUAGCUUGAAUUUUGAUUUCAUUCUUUUGUAGUAAAUUAUGUCAUGGACUAGGGUUCAUCUUGCAUGGUGAAUUCUAGUCCAAAAUGACGAUUUAUAUUAAAUGUCAAGAAUUUUCAAUAUAUAUAUA